GCGCCACAAUAAUCUCCAUUUGCGGCAAUGGCGUCUCUGAGUCUGACUCUUACCCGCUGGUCUAAUAAACCACGUGCGCUUACCAUUUUAUGCAGCCAACUGCUCCUCCCAAUACUCAAAACGACAGCGUUAUGGCAUUCGCAAUCGCUUUCUUCACAAUCCCCCCCAAUUCCACUCCUAAUUUGCGUUGUCCUUUGAGGAAAGAUUGUUUCAAUUUCAUCCAGCUGCUCAAGCCGAAGCCGCGGAGGAGGGUCCGCCGGGAGCUGACCUCAGCGGCGGCGAUGUUUUCCGACAACGUCUUUGUCAGCGACAUCAUCGCCGAAGCUUUGUCGGGCGGGGUUGCGCUGUCGCUGCUUAAGCUGUGGGAGCAAACGGCUAAGAGAGGCGUCUUUGACCAGAAACUAAAUAGGAAGCUUGUACACAUCACGGUUGGAUUAGCAUUCAUGCUUUGCUGGCCUAUGUUCAGUUCUGGUCGCCAGGGAGCAAUUUUCGCAGCUAUAAUUCCUGCUGUUAAUAUAAUAAAAAUGCUUCUGAUAGGACUUGGAAUAUGGAAGGAUGAUGCAACUGUCAAAUCAAUGAGCAGAUAUGGGGACCAUAGGGAACUCCUUAAGGGGCCAUUGUACUACGCUUCCACGAUCACUUUAGCCAGUGCCAUUUACUGGAGAACAUCUCCUAUAGCAAUUGCAGCAGUUUGUAACAUGUGUGCUGGUGAUGGUAUGGCUGAUAUUGUGGGUCGUCGUUUUGGUGGCCAGAAACUUCCCUACAAUCAAAACAAAUCAGUCAAUGGCAGUAUUGCAAUGGCUAGUGCUGGUUUCUUGGCUUCUCUCGGAUUCAUGCUCUACUAUUCAUCUUUCGGGUUCAUGGAAGAAAGCAUGAAAAUGGUUGUUGGGUUUUUGAUAGUGUCUGUUGCUACUGCAUUAGUUGAAUCACACCCGUUAAGCAGUGAGCUUGAUGACAACUUGACCGUGCCACUGGCUGCGGUUUUGGUUGGCAGUUUCGUCUUCUGAGUUGGAAUCCUCAUAGCCGGAGCGAUGUAACGAAUAACGAUUGCCCCGGAUAUGAAGAAAUUUGAGUCAAAUCUGUUGUAGGAAGAAGCAUUGGUAUUUCUUGUUGUAUUUGUAAGUUAAUUUUUUUGAAUUGGUAGUUGUAAGUUAAUUUGUUGAGAAUGGUCUCAAGUUUGUAAAAUGGCAGAUUGAACGUCCCUGUUGUAGCAGAUUCUGCAGAAUAACAACAUAAUGAAAUGCAGAUAAUGUGUGGAAUA